UUGCAUUCGAGAAUAUAUUUUACUACGCCAAACCAAAGGAAUUGACAAUCGAUAUAAGACUCAGAGUUCAGACUGAUCAUCAAAAUGGUCUGACUAAUUAUAGACGGUAAGUCGUGCCUUAUAAUCAAACGUUCAAAUGAAACUGUGUGGAUUUUCAUAGUUAAUAUAUACUUCGUCAUUGAUAAACAAGAUCGACGGUUCGGUCAUACAUACGAUCCGACUUUAAUGCCACCGAAACGUUCACGUAAAGGUAAUUGUAAAAUUUAUAGUUAUGAAUGUAUUAUAUAAUAUUGUAAUUAGAUAUGCCACGAUAAAUAUGAUAUGAGCAUCAUGGUAUAUGAACAUAUAUACCCAAAACCAAGUCAAAGUCGGCAUGGAAUACCUUAUCGGCCACAGUCAGACCACAGCGGGCACAGUGUAAGUUAGCACAUAGCCUAGGCGUCAUAGCCAUAGGAGGAGGUGCAAUGAAAUAAAACGAUGAUAGACAUCGUCAUCGUCCAUCGAACAUGUUUAAUUUUUAUACAUUUUAGCAGUAAACUAUAGAAAUUUUAAAACAUUUUAGCAGUAAACUAUAGAAAUUUAUACAACGAUAUAAACUAUUAUUACUGAACGGAGUACAGAAACAUUCUUUCAAUAAGGCCAGCUUUCCGCCUUACAAAGACAAAAAAUAUCUAAUUUUUUAAAAUCGCAAGUUAUUUAUUAUUAAAAGACGUGACAAGUAGUAUAAAUUUGCAUAUCUUAAGAAGGCUGAUAUCUAAAGGCCAGUAUAGAUGUCGACAAACAGAAAACGUCAUGAUCGAUGCCGAUGGCGAUGGUUUAUUUCGAAAAAUGGGUUUCAUUAAAACCAAAAUGAAAGACCUCAUAUAAAAACAGACAUAUCGACCAACGGAAAACACUGACGAUAGUUUAUUUCGAAAGUUGAAGUUCCAUUAAAACAAAAUGAAAAAGACUUUAACUUUUUGUCUUACUAGUAAUUUACUAUAAAAACAGACAUGAUGCAGCAAACUAUGCAUCAAACAGCUUUAUUUUCACAUCAAACCCAAGCUAGAAGUUUAUACAACGACUUUAUACAGAGACAUUCUUUGAAGCUUUAUUUACAAUGAUAUUUAAAAUUUUGUAAAUCGCAGGUGAAAAGACGUCACAACAGACACGAUUAGGUAGCAAUUUACAUAUUUUAAGAAGGCUCGCUCAUGGCCAUGGGCAUGGCUGAUAUCUAAAACGUGUUGGUUUAUUUCGAAAAAUGGAGUUUCAUUAAGACCAAAAUGAAAACUGAGACUUUUUCAUAAGGCCACUACAAGUUAAUCUUUAGUUUCUGGUCCGGCCUUACCUUCGUUUACGACGCGGGCGGGUGGGUGGUUAGGACUAUAGGACAUAAUUACAAUUGUGGCUUUGCCCACAUUUUUGUGGUCCUUCUUGUCCCUUUUCAUGCUAAUUGUAUCAAAUAUUAUGAAAUUUUACAUAAAUUGCAUUGAUAUUACUUAUAAAUCGACAUGCAUGCAUGACAGAUUACAAAGGAUUUUACGUAUGAAAAUGAUCUAUUAAUAUUUCUAGUUUUUUUUACUUUGUAAUCUCGAUAAGGCAGCGGUUUUUACCAUUCAAUACUACAUUUUGCUAGGUCUUUUUAGUGUAAAUUGAAUAUUUAUCGUUCUAUAAGUUAAAUCCUUCGCGAAAAUUUUCAAGAAUUAGAAAUUAAUUGUAAACAACAAAAUAGUCCUGAAAUAAUACUUUACGGAGAAAGGACGCGGGCGGCGGACCAGAAACUAAAGAUUAACUUGUAGUGACCUAAUCUAGUUUGAUGGCGAAUUCGAAUACCAAUUGGCAGGUUUUGGCACACGAUUAUGACACAAGUCAACUUUGUCUGAUUGGAAAUGCUGUGCCUUGCGCGUGCAGCCAUAUUGUAUAUCGCUAGUGUCUCCAUAGAACCCAUUAUAAAUACAGAUCAAUUUGGUUCAGUGAAUAAAAAAAUCAAAGACUGUGUUGUAGACUUGUAGUUAUGGCAAAAUGGGCGUUGUGAAAACCUGGAAUAUCACGAAAUAUGGCGGAAUUAAUAUCACAGUAUUUUCCGAUGGUAGCCAACAUAUUUUAUUACAAAAGUGAUGGGUAACAAACAAUAACUCUUUACUGGAAGUUUUAUACGUUGUUUAUAUGAUUAUUACGAGUGUUCACCAAAAAUUUUGAAUUGCGUCUUGAAAAAUAAAAGUCGAACGCCUUCAACUGUGUUAUACACAAAAUUUACUGUUAAAAAUUCUUGGUUAAGGUUAAGACGGGACUUUUUACCUGAUAUAAACGAGAAUUUAAACAUCUUGGCUCAAACUUGCCUUUAUUUUAGCAUUUGAUUUUUGGAUAUAAGUGCUUGGCGGUAUAAAAUUGACCAUUUUAAAGCGAAAUAUUUCGCCUGUUUUUUUUUAAUUGCGACCACUCGAAUAAAUUAUUUCUACUUGAUUGCUCACAAUUCAAAAAAACAGGCGAAAUAUUUCGCAUUUCGCUGACAAAAAGCGCUCGUACGUGUUAUCAGGGCUUAAAGCCCUGAUCAGGGCUUAAAGCCGUAAUCAUGAAAUCACAUAUCCCCUCGUUGCCUCAAAAUAACCAAAACAUAUUCCGUGAUAUUCCGCCAUAUUCCGUAAUAUUCCAGCAUUCCGGGUUUUCACAACGCCCAUGGCAAAACUGCAAUAAAUGCAUGUAUGUUAUUGACCAUGACUUCAUGAGCGAGAGGUCCAGACUGUAGGAUAUUAGUCGAGUUUUUUCUCAAACGAACAACUAAGAACAAGACUAAGUAAUAUCUUGUCUGGACUGAACAAGCUCAGUCAAUAAGUUAGUUAUUACAUGCAGGGCAUGGCUAAAAGCAAGAGCAUGCAUUCAGUGCCAUUAUUUCAACAUCGAAAACCCCGGAAUUCAAGUUAACUUUCUGUUAACAAUUUUUUAUAAAGAUAAAACGAUAACAACAUUUUUUAGAUAUUAAAUAUAUAAUUAUCGUAUUAAAUAUCGAAAACAGAGCAGUUUUUAGUCCAGUUUUUACGGUUAAGUUAGUUUGCCGAAAAAGCCCGCGUUCAAUGACAAUUAAUGGCGGUAAAUAUCACCCUGUCAGCAUUUCAAGUGUUAUACUGAAAAGCGUUUUAUACGUAUUAAACAACGUUUUAACACCAGCUAGAGUAGAAUAGUCUAAGUUAUUUUAUAUAAAAAAAAACUUACCAAGGUCGCAUAUUUAUAGUCUUUUCUACUGGGAAAAGAGUUAUUCAGGGGCGUAAAUGUGUGAGUGUGUGGGGGUGGUUCACCCCACCCCCCACCCCCAGUGAAAUGAUCCAGUCGGUCUCAAACUACGUGCAGUCGGUCUCAAAAUUAUGCGUUUGUUUACAUGCAGUGCUCUGCGAAGCAAAUUAAAUAUUUUCGAAACUCGAGAUAGACUAUUGAGUAUUGAGUUGGAAAUUUGCUCAAACGGAUCAAACAGCUCAAAAUAUUAAGAAAUAUUACGUACUUAUUUCGCGAGUUUAUGAACGAAUUAUCAUUCAAAACACGCGCAAAGGGAUGAAGUUUCCAUUUACUUUCCAAACAUGGAGAUAUCUAUAUGUCACGAUUACGUGUUGGCAUCACUUUUGGCAUGCACUUUUAUUUGGAAUUUAGGUUCUGCAAGGUCAUUCACGGGUGAUAUUCUAUAUUAGCGAAAAUUUUAAACCCCCAAAAUCAGACUCCAAAAUGCGAUGAAUCUCGAUCAAAAUAGCUAACAUUAGUUACAAUAUUUCUCCGGUCCCCUAAACUAUAUUUUUAAGAUGUAAAGUGCAAAAACGAAUUUCUAGCCGAGUUAUAUUAGGAAGUAUGUUCACGAAAGAGUUUUAUGUGCCUACUGCAAUCAAGAAAUUCGAUCAGUGAACGACGCACUGGUCAGUUUAUCUGAAAUCACGGAGCGAAAAAUUGUUUCCACUGACUAGGCGAUGUUUCCAAUUGUUGCUUACAGUCAGGCCCAUAACUAGGUAUAUGAGUCAAUUGAGUUCAAGUUCAAUGACAGACUGUAGUUCUCUCCAUGUAAAGAAGCAUUAUUCUUGCCGUACAGUGACGUAAGAAAUGGGAGGCUGUAUGGGUGCACAAGUACCCCAAUAACAAAAGUGCGGGCCAGCGCCGAAAUAUUACAACAAUUGAGCACAAACACUUUUUUAUUAUGCACCUGAUCAAUGAUGUUCGACCAAAAAUGUAAUUCUUAGCCUCAGGAUUGGCCGAAAACUACAGUAUAAAAUUAUAGUCAUUGUGUCACUGUUUGUGAAAUUUCGUUUGAACUGCUCCCAGAAUGCAGAAAAUAGCGUUUCUAAGCCUUAGAAAAUCAAAAAUGUUCUGGGGGAGCAUGCCCCCAGACCCCCCAGAAGUGUCUCGGUCAAUCAAAAAUCCUAUAGUUACGCGCCUGACAGUUCCUGUAACAUCCGCAUCAGCCGAGCGCAGCUUUUCAAAGCUGAAAUCAGUGAAAACUGUAUGUGUUCAGUAAUGAACCAGGAACUCCUCGGUGAACUCUUGACUCUUUGCGUGUAAGCGCGAUCUAACAGACACGAUCGAUCUUGACGAAAUCGCUAAUCCGUCAAACCUGACUAAGCGCGGACACUUAAUAAAAAUAUAGCGUUUCACAGCAAACUGUACUUGUUUUUCCAAAACUCCUAAUAAAUGCCAUCAAUUUCCAUGCUUUGUACUCAAUUUUAUUGCAACACACCAACUCACCAAGAGUUGGUCUGGAUUCACAUUUCAGUGGUGAGUCGGUCACAUUUCGUGAUUACAUCCUCCCAGUCAAAAUCGUGUGUCCGCCCCUGCAGGUUACCUACCGCUCAAGAACCAAUCAAAAUGCUACAUUUUUAAAUGAACCGUCUCGCCAUAAGAAUAAUUUUUCUUACAGUUCCUAGACUUUAUUUCAGUUGUCAGUGUUAAAUACAGAAUGUAAAUUAGUGAAAAGAAUAUGCCUGCAAAUCUAUAAAGCAAUUUUCAUUAUUAUAUAGCAAGUGUCAAUGAAAGUUCAAGUUUCAAUUUUAUUUUGUUUUCCACUUCAAGCGUAACGUACCGACACGUAUCAAAACAAAUAGUUUAAAUUUCAAAAUUUAGUGAAUUUUGAUUUGUUAAUACUUCCGUAGUACGCUUAAAAGUUGACUUGCGACGAACUUUUUAUUUUAAUACGCGAAUCAAUCGGAAGUUCGUAAAUAUGAAAACCCAUCUUCAAACUGCGCAUGCUCACCGGUACGUUACGGUACGAUACGGACGAAGUGGAAAACGGGCUUUAAAGCCUGUUUUCCACGUCAGCCGUAUCGUAACGUACCGUAGCAUUUUCUUUUGUGUCGAAGUCAUUAGUUUCACACUACCGCUCUAAAAGCCUAAUUCCACGACGAGCGAAAUGCGAAAAAUUUCGCGCGAAAAACACUUGUGCGAAAAUUUUCUCCCGUAGCGAUUUCCACAGUAGAGAAAAAAAUCGCCAAAACACAAGCAUUUGAUUGGUUUCGCUAUUUUGUGAUCCAAAACACAAGCAUUUGAUUGGCUUCGCUAUUUCCAUUUUGCAACAGAGUAGAAACGAAUUCAACUAUCCGGUGAAGAGAAAUAUUUCGCAGAGAAACAUUCCAAAAUCAUGUUGCGCAUGCGUUCAACCUUUUAGCGCGAAAUUUUUCGCAUUUCGCUCGUCGUGGAAUUAGGCCUUUAGUGGAAUUCACAAGUUACAUAAAGCUUCUAAAGUUCACAAAUGCCUAGUAACAGCUUACGUAGAGGUACGAAAUUUCAGGAACAUCCGGUUUUCUCCAUGCAUGAGUUAAAUUAAAGGUUAUCCUACGGAUAGUUAAACGCGGUACUAGUGGUACUAAACGGGCUUCGCACAACGCAAUUUUAUCGGUCAUUUUAUCGUACGCUGCAUGGAUAGUGCUAUAAGAACGUCUGCGAGGGAGACUACAUGGAUAGCGGAAGAAAUACGCUGCGUAAUUCGGUACGAUAUACGAUUGAAGUGGAAAACAGGCUUCUUAAGUGAUAAAUAAUACCUCCCAUACGUGCCUGAAAUAGAUAAGCGCCAUAGGAAGGAUUUAGAAUAUUAAAUUCUGAUGAAUACAUAUUGAUGUUUAUCCAGCGAAUGCACAGUAGGAAUCAAUAUACUAUACAGUAUAUAGCGCAAUUUAGUUGAACAUGACUAUUCCUGUGAUACAAUGAUUGUCAAUGUCAAAAGCACAGCAGUACGAAUGAAUUCACGGGGGAGCAUAGCCCUAGCCAGUUUCUUCAACAUCCGGUCCUUGCAUAAAGAAAACCAUUAUAACCAACUCUGCUGAAAUGUUCAAUAUGAUAAUUUAAAUUUAGCUAAAUUCAGGAUUCAAAUUAUUUUAACAACUAUAUACGGUAUAAGUUAUUUAAACCAUCAUCGUGCAAGGCAAAAAGUUGACAAAAACACUGAAAACAGUAAGUUGAAAACUGCUAUAAACAUUUAGGAAAAUUGCUGAACCUAGCUAACAAGUUCUUUGGUGUAAGAUAAUGGAGAAGAGGGACUGUGAAUUUAAGUUUCUAUAGUAAGUGGGAGUAAAUGGGCGUCAGAUGCUGUGGACCAACGAGGUCACGGGUGUAAAUAUAUACUCGUAAAUAUACCAUGCAGACUAUAUACACAAAUAGUAUAGAAGGUCUCGUAUAGAAGGAUGGGUUUUAAGGCUAAUUGUAUCUAAUUCUAUUUUUCGAUCUGUAUUCACACGUGCACCUUUUAUUCGUGCAGCUGGUUUAAAGGGUUUACAUGAAUAUGCGGAGUGCAUGCCGGAAUGCCGGAGUGUUGCAUGAAAAUGCGGAGUGUUGAAAAUACAGAGUGUUCUCAUUUUCUUUAAAAAUUGUUUACCUGACUGUUACUCAGUCUCCCCUUCGAUAAACUACCAAUGGCAUAUUAAAAGUUCUAAUAACUGUCACUAAACUUUCUUGUAUACAGAGCCUUUUAAACUAUAAUCUAUCUUAGGCGUUUAGUGGUAGCUGGUAUUGUAAGCAAACGAAAGCGCGAGAGAUAGAGUGUGAGGUCAACCUGAAACAUCAUUGUGAGAUUUACUGUAUGUAUGGUAGCCUACAGUCUUUUUAAGUUCACAACUUCAAGGUCAUAAAGAGUAUUGAAAUUCUCGUUGAGUCCAUGCAUUAUUCGUGAAAAAAUCCGGGUGCCACCCUCAGUCAAGUAAAACUAUAGUGCACAAGAUAACUCUCUAGUACAACAAUAAUUAGUUAUGCAUGGAUCUCAUUAAUGAUGUAGUCCAGCAAAAAAAUGUCUGGCAUGAAAAAAUGAGUCCUAUAGUUAUUUAUUCGAGUCCGAAUUUCAUAAAUAUAGUUCCUUGAGUUUGAGUUUUGUCGUGUGUUGUAAAUUGUAAAAUGCAAAGUUGCUUAACUGAUUAACCCAUUUUCGUGCUAAGGAAAACUAAGGAAAAUAUCACUAGUAUGAAGUUCGACUCUAGGAAAAGAGACUCCUAAUUAUGUUUUAAGAGAAUAGAUGGAAAAUAAUUUGUCUGUGUUCAACACUCCGCAUUUUCAACAUUCCCGAACUCCGCUUAUUAAUGUAAACCGGUUGGGUUGGCCGAGUUAGAGCGCAAGUUCAAAUACAUGAAUAAUUUCAAAGUCUGCAAUAUACCCCGAACUGUAUCAGGGAGAAUUUUGUAAAAAUUAUAUGAAGCUUAUAAGCCAAUGUAACUUAUAUAUAUACUGUCAUUGUCAUUUCAGCUGGCAACUAUGUCGCCAAGAAGAUUUCCAACUUAUUCUCACGGAAUUCAUCAAACAGAGAGGAGGAAGACAAGGAGGAAGCACAAUCUUACCCAGUUCCAACUUACGUUUGUCCGCUAAAUAA